GCGUCUCGUGCGUUCACUGACAGAAGUCUCACGACCGACCCACAAAAACCCAAAUAAACAAUCUAACCUGCAGCGUUUUUGGUGCAAGUGCAAUGCUCAUUUCACUUAUGACAAUUGAACACUCCUGGGGAUGACGGGAGAUCAGGUACGAAUCAAGGACACGUCGACCUCUAUUUUUACUUGUCGAUAAUGAAUUAUAACUUCAAUGAUAAAAUGAUGGGAUGACCGGAGUCGAAUGAGAUUGUGAAAAAAUUGAAAGACUGAGUAAAACAAUUUUGACGAUUUGAUGCUUCAGUUGAAUGGCUUGUCUCAGCAUAGGAAUGCGAGAAACCUGACGGAAUCAUGGACGGAAUCUAUGGCCUUCUUGGGAUGCUGCUUGGAGACGCUGGGGAGGACACAAGUGCCACAUUGCUGUCUCUCAGCACAUCAGUGGAGAACUGCUCUGCAAUGAGACAGUCAGGAUGUCUUCCCCUGCUGAUACAAUUGAUUCACACCCCGGAGCAGAGUCCGAAGGUGCGAACAGGGGCUUCCAGAGCUCUGUACAACAUUGUCAGGGCUACUCAGCAUCAGGACGAGGACAACCAGGAGCUCCAGAUCCUGGAGUUGAUCCAGCAAUUGCGAGAAUACAGUCGUGCUCUGAGAAACGAUGAGGAAGUGGGAGAGGAAUCGUCGUCCCUGAGGCAUCCGAUUCCAGCCAUGUCUUUUCUCUUUAAAAAGGAUCAGAAGACUCUCUGGGCCUUGGGGGCAGUCCCGAUCCUCCAGAAUCUGGUGCAGUCGAACCACCAGAUGAUAUCGACUGGCGCUUCUCAUGCUCUGAAGAAUCUUCUGACAGCUAAAGAGCACAAUGCCUUUGAAUUGACGAUUCCAAUUAGUGGAGAUCCAGGAAUAAAAAAGGAUGAGGGAGAGCAGCAGUCAUGUGCACCUGUUAAAGCUGAAGAGGAAGAUAUAAAAGAUUCGAGGUCCGAGGGAUUCUCAAGACCUCCAUCGAGUCCCUUGGGCGAUCAGCACGUACACAUCCAGACGAAUAAUUCCCUGGAUGAGUCCAGGACGAGUGAUCGAAAUGACGAGGGCGAUAAGCUCGAUUACGAGAAGAGUCCGUUCGAGAAGAGGAAGGGAUCACCAGUGGGUUCAUCAUACUUCGAGAGAGAUUGUCAGAGCAAUGAUGCUAUUUACGAGACUGAGGGAGACUCCCCGGUGGAUUACAGCAAGAAAUACCUGGAGAAUGAUCCAGCGACCAAGCAGAGGUCCGAUAUAAAGGUGAAAUCUGAAACGAGGGAGAAGGAGUUCUCAGAGAGAAAUGAGAAUUUAUUUGGGGACUACGCUGAAACCGAUCUGGAUCAACCGACGGAUUACAGUUUGCGUUACGCAGAGGACGAUACAGAUGAUGAAGAGAAAGAGGAAAGGGAGUACUUCAAUGCAGGAACAGAGCAAGAGGACACUGUGAAAACUUAUUGCACCGAGGGAACCCCCUACGAGACCCCUUUUAAUUUUUCUACAGCCACUUCCAUGUCAGAUCUUCGUUUGGAGGACACUAAGGAAGGGGAAAGCUCAAAGAAAGUCGUGAAGAACAUCCAGGGGACGAUUGAAGAGUUCAACGAGUGUGGUAACCCCGUGGAGCAGGAAGAAGUCUCUGAAAAUAUGAAUGAUUUGGAUAAGAGUGAGGACAGAGUGAUAUUGGAAGCGAAUAAUGCCCAAUCCCCUGAAGUAAAUUAUUAUUAUAAUGAGAGGUCCUCGGGGGGAGUCUCCAGAGCCAAUUCCCUGAAUUCUCUGGAGAGUGGAGUUGCAGCGAAGGGGUUAUCAUCCAGUGAAAAACCUGAGGGAGCCAGUGCCACGAAUAAGGAAGAGAAAUUCGUGGAGAUCAAGGAGGAGCCCAAGCAGGAAGAGGUUCCUGAGAAAAUCAUCGAUAAAGAGUCGAAAGUCGUGACAUUUGGGGGUGAGGAUCAUUAUGCAGAGGAGACACCUCUGAUGUUCUCGAGAUGUAGCUCUCUCGGUUCCCUCAGUGGGUUCGAGCAGCACUCGAUUCACGACGACCGGAGCUCAAUCAUCAGUGACUUUAGUAGAUUAACCAGUGGUGCAGUGUCACCAAGCGAACUUCCAGACUCUCCCACACAGACGGUACCACCGAGCCCCAGGUGCAACACCAAUCCCAAGAACGUCGAGCCUUUUCACUCUCGAACGUCUGAAGAACGGCCUCUCAGGUUGCCCUUUCCCAAGUGCCCAUAUCAAAAGAAGAACAGUGUUUUCGAGGACGACACAGCUGCCUUCAAGGAGGAAUCCACUCCGAUCGAGUUCUCCCCCAGGUGGUUGUCAGUGACAAGGACCAUGAAGUGAGUGAUUGUGAUGGAGAGGACGACGAGGACAUUCUCGCCGCCUGCAUCAGCAUGGGAAUGCAGAACAACAGGUACAGGGAGAAUUUCAAGAAGGAGCCCCCGAAGACCUACCCCACGUCGGUGACUAAUCUCAUUCGUUAUCAGACGAGCUCAACACUCGACAGAUUGGAUUCUGCAGUUUGUCAGGGAAGGGAGACCUCCAUGAAACCGAAAUUAGCCCACGACGUACCAGUAAUUACUCCGGAUACAGUGCACAUUUAUUGCACAGAGGAUACACCAGCGGAUAUCUCCCCCGUUGGCUCCCAGUCGAAUUUGUCUGCGUUGUCGAUGCCCAGUAUCAUGGAGGACUUCGAGAAACCCGAGAGGGAGUCCCUCAAUGACUUGUCCGACAACAGCUCCAACUCCGGCGACGACGAGAAGAUCCUCGACGAGUGCAUCCAGUCGGGAAUGUCGAAACCCAUCAGCCCCAGCUUGGCGAGAUCGACUCAGUGCGAGGGCUUCCUAUCUUCGACCUUGAAUGAGAGCCGCCAGCCUCGACCUCGGAUGAUCAUCGGGCAGGAUCCAGAGUCCAAUAAUUCCUCGGACGAUAGCCCUAAUCAGUCCGACGACGAUGCCAUCCUCGCCGAGUGCAUCGAGUCUGCCAUGCCCAAGGCUAAAUUGAAUCUUCUUUCGAAACCCUCCACGUCCAGACAAUCUGAGAAGAUCAAAAAAAGCUUUGAGAACCCCAGGAAGGGGGAGCCGAAGUCACCAGAGUCCGAGGGAAGCUCCAGCCUCUCUGAGGAGGAAGAGGAGAUGAUACUUGCACAGUGCAUUCGUUCUGGAAUGCCCAAGGCUCCGAUCUCAAUCAAGGACUUUUCGUCAAUACCUCCGGACGACUCCAGGCGCAUUUACAAUGUCACGUUAUCCCCAAGUUAUUCUCCAGGGCACAUUACCCGGAGGAAGGACCUCAUUCCACAAGGUGCUAGAGACGAAAUGUCUGACUUCGUUACCGAAGACACUCCUUGCAAUUUCUCUGUUGUUUCAGGGAUCAGUAGUCUCUCCAUUAAUUCUACGCUCGAUUGAAAUAAGUCGAGGCACUAUUACUCUAGUAUUUAAACGACCGUUGAUAGUAAUUAAUAAGUAAUUUAAAAUAUUCUGUGAUUUCAAGAUAUUGGGUGGUGUAUUAUUUCGUUGACUUUUGACAGUUGUGUCAUGAAAAAGGAUCAUGUGUUCUUUGAAUUUUGUUUUUAAUCGUUUCGAUGAUCAAAGUGUAAUAAAUUCAAAUU